AUCUGGAACACCGGGUAGAAGUAUAGAGCCACAGGUGGAGAGACAGCCAGGCAAAAACGGAGCCGCAAAAGAUCCGUAGCAGAGUACUGGAGAAGAGCUGUCGUCGGGUGAUGAAAAAAACCCCAGGGUAGGGCUUUACUAUGGGUGGGCGGUCUCUGCAGGGAGUGGGCUUGCCCGGCGCUUUUUAAUCCAGAUACGCACCCUACGUUCGGUAGGGUGCGUAUCUGGAUCCGGAGCUGACACGGCCAAGAGGGGAAAGAAGACACACCACCCAGCAACAUGACUGCACCCAGCAACACCUACGACGUUAUAGUGGUCGGCGCGGGCAUAUCAGGUUUGAGUGCUGCAAAGCUGUUGAAAGCCAGUGGGCUCGAUCCUGUAGUGUUGGAAGCCAGAGACCGGGUUGGUGGUCGUACCUUCACUGUGCAGAAUAAGGAGGCAAAGUGGGUUGAUCUAGGCGGUGCCUACAUUGGACCGACACAGAACCGCAUCCUCCGUCUGGCCAAAGAGUAUGGCAUAAAGACCUACAAAGUCAACGAGCAGGAGAACUUGGUGCAUUAUGUUAAUGGAAAGUCUUACCCGUUCAAAGGCUCCUUGCCUCCCAUGUGGAACCCCAUCGCUUUGAUGGACUUCAACAACCUCUUUAGAACAAUGGAUAAGAUGGGCGAGGAGAUUCCCAGAGACGCUCCCUGGAGAGCUCCCCAUGCUGAGGAGUGGGACAAGAUGACCAUGCAGGAACUCUUUGAAAAACUCUGCUGGACCAGAACUGCUCGUCGCUUCGCCACACUGUUUGUCAACUUGAUCGUGACCGCUGAACCCCACGAGGUGUCGGCUCUCUGGUUACUCUGGUACGUCAAACAGUGCGGAGGAAUAAUGAGGAUCUGCUCCACCACCAAUGGAGGACAGGAGAGGAAGUUUGUAGGAGGUUCGAAUCAGGUGAGUCAGUGCAUGGCGAGGGAGCUGGGAGACCGAGUGAAGCUGCAGUCUCCAGUCUACAGGAUCGACCAGACCGGAGACAUGGUUGUGGUGGAGACCGUGGACAAGCAGACCUACAAGGCCAAGUAUGUGAUCGUGGCCACACCACCUGCUUUGAAUCUGAAGAUGCACUUCAACCCUGAGCUGCCCCCGCUGAGGAACCAGCUGAUCAACCGUGUUCCCAUGGGCUCUGUCAUAAAGUGCAUGGUCUACUACAGAGAGAUCUUCUGGAGGAAAAAGGGUUACUGCGGCAGCAUGGUGAUAGAGGAGGAGGGCGCUCCCAUCGGCUUCACCCUGGAUGACACAAAGCCUGAUGGGACUGUACCUUGUAUUAUGGGAUUCAUCCUUGCCCACAAGUGCAGAAAGCUCUCAAGCCUGUCCAAGGAAGAAAGGUUGAGGAGGAUCUGUGAGAUCUACUCCAAAGUGCUGGGCACAGAUGAGGCUUUGCAUCCGGUGCACUAUGAGGAGAAGAACUGGUGUGAAGAGGAGUACUCUGGAGGCUGCUACACAGCCUAUUUCCCCCCAGGAAUCCUUACUCAGUUUGGCAGAGUGCUGAGAGAGCCGGUGGGCAAGUUGUACUUUGCAGGCACAGAGACGGCCACCGAAUGGAGUGGCUACAUGGAGGGGGCCGUACAAGCUGGAGAGAGAGCAGCCAGAGAGGUCAUGUGUGCGAUGGGUAAACUCCAACCUAAUCAGAUCUGGCAACCUGAGCCUGAGAACGAUGAAAUCCGGGCACUCCCGUUUGUUACCACCUUCUGGGAGAGAAACCUGCCUUCGGUUGAUGGUUUCCUCAAAUUCUUAGGAGUCUCCACAUUCCUGUCUGCUGCCGCCGCAGCUGGCUUGGUGGCCUACAAGAAGGGCAUCAUCCCCCGGAGUUAAACCACCCUGUCGUCUCACUCCUCCACAUCUCAAGGGAACACGUCUCAAUAGACACUUGUGUACUUCUAGUGCUUUAUGGGCCCAAACUACAGAGUAGUGACCUACAUAGGGUAUACAUUGUUUUUUGAGAAACACCGUGAUGUGAGAAGGACUGCUCAGCUCAUGCAAAAACACUAACACACUGUUACUCUGUCCACAAACGAAAGAGAGAAUGAAGCAGGUGAGAAGGGCUGACUGAAAGGUGUUUGAGAGGAGGGACGAAAGCCUAACUUCAGUUUAAAACAUGCAGACUCAGAUUGUGAAACCAAUGAAGGAAAAAAGAUCAGAAUCAGUUCGUAAGGGGAAACCUUCUCUGUCACUAUUACUAUCCCAUACAAUGCCAAUGAAAUCCACUGUGUCGAUUAUAUGUGAGUUUAUAAAAGUCGCCAUGCUUACUGUGUGUAUGAGCCUCGUCUGUGUCGCAUGCUUCGGUGAGCAUGCGUUCGUGAGCGUGUGGUCAUCAAAGUUUCUGUACAAAGUUGCGAGCGCGUGUGCAUGAGUUUCCACUGUGUGUCUAAUUACCGCUGCCUAUUUUAGGUGCCAAUUUAUUCUGGCCAAGCAGCCGUAGCUGUUUGACGAAAUCCAGUGACUUCAGAAGAGAAAAGAGCACCUAAAGUGAGUUGGUACUGCGUGAAAUGGGCAAUGUUGUUUCUCUUAAAUUUUAAUUUUAUUUAAAUCCCAAAGUGCAAAUUAUGUGCCCUAAUAUGAAAUUACUGAAUUCGUAUAGCUAAUUGUCUCCUUCAUGGUAACUCCUUUAAUAUAAAUCCUCUGUUUAAACUAUAGUAAGUCUUAGGUAUCAGCAAACACGGGCUACCAAAUAUGGCCACCAAAAAUUAAGACGGUGCCAGUCUAAAUGCUGAACCCAUAAAUUUAAUAAGAAAUCCUUAAACUAAUGGUGACAAUAAUGAUUACCGUAUUAUAAAGGAUAAUUAAACACUUCUCAGUUAUAGUUACUUGUUGUUUUAACUCUUUACCCGCUUGUAUAAAUCGACCAGGAGUGACCUUGAAUGCUUCAGGCUUAUAGAACAAAACGACUGGUGUGCAUCAUAAGUUAGUGCGGGUGGUCUCUCCCUGUGCAACUAGACUUAGAAAAACCCAGAAACUGUUCUGAUUGUCUUCAAACCACAACUUUAUUGAUAUAUGCUGAGGUGUCAAAACUUAUCAUCAAGGCUACAAAGGGGAUGUCGUCAGUGUCGUCAGCAAUCAUUUGACCGGGUAAAAUCAUUUGUCGGGGGUGUAGAUGUAAAAGCCAACCUGUCCACUACAAGAAUCAUGCUGUUCUUGUCCCAAAGAUGUUUGUGAGUGUAGUUUAUCUGUUGUGCCUUAAUGGAAAUCAUAGCGUUUUUGUCAUUUUAUCGCAAGUGCCUGUGACUCUGACACUCUCAGCCCUCAUCCCUCUUUCCCUCUGGUAAGUUCCCCUUACCUGAGUUAUGUCCUCACUGAAAACCUGACUCAGGUAAAGCCGGGUGUAAAAACACAGCAUCAGAGCUCAGACUGUUGAGGUGAUCCCUCUGCUUAUCUCUGUGUCCGUGUGUGCUUCGUGUUGUCCCUGCAGCGCUUCUUCCCUCGUUGUGGUGUCCCUCUCCCGUCUGACCCUCAGUCCCAGUGCAGGUUUUAUGUGCAGUUCUAGAAGUAAUGAUUGAAUAAUAAUGUCACUUUUUGAACCAUCACUAAAAGUGUUUGAGUUUAUGGUUGGCUGAACAAACAAAGCCAGCAAAUUCCAUCCACCCUGUAGAAAAACAACAACAAAAAACUACAGCACUCACAACAAACCAUCAGCAGACGUGAUGCAGCGUUAUUCAUUAUGGGGUUUUUCUGGAGAUACCCCCCCUUCCUUUGUCCCUCUGUGCAUAUGAGCCUUCUUAACUAUUCCUGUGACCUGCUCUUUGAUGUCCUUGAUUCCUCAUACAAAGCUGGUGAUAUUUAACAAAAUGUGAAAUAAAUCUUUUACUCACCUU